CUCUGUAUUAUUUAUUUUGCGGUUCCCACUAAUAAUAAUUUUUGUUUUUUUAGGCGAAGAGAUCAUAGAGAGGCUGGAGAUUGUUCUUCUAUGGCGGUGAGGGUCGUACGCUUCCUCUUCUUCUAUUGACAAAAGAGAAACAGAGAGAAGACACCUACGCGAAUUCCUUAUUUCUUUCUUUAAAAAGGAUCCUUGGCGGAGAGUUAUCAUCGGCCGGCGAUCCCAACAACGAUUUCGGCGAGGGAGAGUUUUGAGAGAGAAAGCGAACUCUCUCUCUCUCUCUCUCUCUCUCUCUCUCCAUCUGAUGGUUCUGUUUGCAGCGGGAGAAAGAUAAGGACGCGUUUGGCUUGCAGAGAAAGCUAACCGAAAAUGAAUGGUCGAAGUAAUGCGACAGCUAUUGGAAAUGGAUUUGGGAGUGUAGAGAGUGAAUACAUUAGGAGACACCAUCAGCAUGAUCCUGCUGAUCACCAGUGUAGUUCUGUCCUCGUUAAGCACAUCAAAGCUCCUGUUCCUCUAGUAUGGUCUUUGGUGAGGAGAUUUGAUCAACCACAGAAGUACAAGCCUUUCAUUAGCAGGUGUGUUGCACAGGGGAACCUUCAGAUUGGAAGUGUUAGAGAAAUUGAUGUAAAGUCUGGGCUUCCUGCCACUACAAGUACUGAAAGAUUAGAGUUUCUCGAUGAUGAUGAGCAUAUUCUCAGCAUCAGUAUUGUUGGUGGGGAUCAUAGAUUGAGGAACUAUUCUUCAAUCAUUUCCCUUCAUCAUGAGACCAUUGAUGGAAGACCAGGGACUCUGGUGAUCGAGUCUUUUGUAGUGGAUGUACCUGAUGGGAAUACCAAGGAUGAGACGUGCUACUUUGUUGAAGCCCUGAUCAAGUGCAAUCUCAAAUCAUUAGCUGAUGUGUCAGAGCGCCUGGCAGUGCUGGAUCAGACUGAGCCCAUUGAUUGCAUCUGAGAAACGCUGGACUGGACUGUGGAGAUGUGGUGGAGGCUAUGGUUGCGAAGAAUGAAGCUUCCAGGGCGUUUACAUCGCAGAGGCUCUGGAUACUGACUGGCUUUAGUACUUACUUCCAUCUUCCAGAAACUAGUACUCUCUUUCCUUGGUUGUAGUGUUCUCCUCUUCAAUUUAUCUGCUGGAGUUCCCAUCUUUAGUAGCUCAAGAACUACAUCCGUAUAAAGGAUUUAUGGUGCUUGUGAAGGAAGAGUAAAAAGGGAAAAACUAGGUUCUCUUUCUUUGUGAUAUCCGGCGUUUUGUCUGUGGUAGUAACUUUAUGUUUGUAUAUAUGUGUGCUGGAAGGAGUUGAUUUAUAUUUUUCUCUUUCCUUCAUAGUUUUAGGUGCAGGUAUAGAAGUUUGGUAAAAAUGAAUAUUUGUAAAAGCUAUAGCUAAAACAAAGAGGUAUAUAUAUUGUCGUAUUCUAAUGU